UUAAUCUGUGAUAUUCUAGAUCUCUAGGCGUCUCGUUACUCAAACAUUAUAAGAAAAACAAAAUGCAAAAAAAUCGUUACGGAAUUUCACUCCGGUAGCAGAGAUGGCUGGCCAGAGCGUACUAGUAAAGAAAGCUCUAUUUCAUGUCACAAUGUAGUAAACAUCCUGUCAGAAAGGUGAUCCGAAGAAUGUAGAGACAACUAAGAGAACGAAAACAUUAAGAAUCUUUUUUCAUCUUACAAUUUUUGUUGAUUUCAUUUUACUUCGGAAUAAGUUGUCAGUCUCAUUGUAUAUUCAAUAGAUCAUUCAUUCUGAACAAAUAGAUAUUAUAUAAAGUGUUCGGAAAAUUUGGCGGAUGCAUAAAAGUGAAAAGCAUCGCAAACUCAUUAAAUGUUUAUUUUCAUCUAGGAACGUGAAUUAUUGACUGUUGACAAUCCUCAUACAGCCACUUCUUCUACUCCCAAAUUCCAAGUGGGAAGUGACAUAUUCUAUCGAACAUCCUCGUUAAAAAGUCAAACUGCUCCACGAACAAACGAAACAUAUUACAAACAAUAUUAUGGUGGUGAUAAUGAAUAUGAACAAUAUGAUUCAGUGCAUGGUGAUAAAUUUUUAUUUUCGACAGUUGUAUAA